CCCGGGGCGUCGCGGCGAGGUGCCCCUGCGUGGGAUGGACUACGCCGCCACCUCCGACGCAGUGCUGUUGUGCCCGCGCAUGUGUGCCGUGCGCUGUCCUCUUUGCUGUGGUGGGUGCCGCAUGUGUGGGUGUGGGGGUCGAGGCGUAGCCGCCGUAAGCUGCAGCGGACGAGGUGUUUGCACUGUGCCGAUGCCGAUGUGGUGACUAGGGCCAGUGUCUUCAGUGCCUGUGCGCUAGCGCUGUGUGUCUGUAUGAUCUUCUUCGGUGUAGAACCACAGUGCUGCUGUUGUUGCUAUCAUGCGAUUUGA